GUCCAUUAGAAUCGCCUUUUAAUGGCAUCAUCACUUAUUUGACUGAGCCACAUCCAUAACACAGGUUAAGCUAUAGCCUUUAUUCAGACGCAAACUUCCUGUGACGUAACUCUUCUUUAGAUAUCCACAAUGCCGCCUAAGGAAGAAAAGGGCCAUAUCAACAUUGUUGUAGUCGGCCACGUAGAUUCCGGCAAAUCAACGACAACUGGUCACCUCAUCUACAAGUGUGGCGGGAUCGAUAAAAACGCCAUCGUUAAAUUUGGAAAGGAAUCCAAAGAGAUGGGAAAGGGAUCUUUCAAGUAUGCCUGGGUUCUCGACAAGCUAAAGGCGGAGCGUGAACGAGGUAUCACCAUCGAUAUAGCUCUCUGGAAAGUUCAAACGGUUAAAUACUCUAUCACUGUCAUUGAUGCACCAGGCCAUCGUGAUUUCAUUAAGAACAUGAUUACUGGGACCUCACAGGCUGAUUGUGCCGUUUUGGUGGUGGCUGCUGGUACAGGCGAGUUUGAAGCCGGUAUAUCCAAAGAAGGGCAGACACGUGAGCAUGCCCUGCUCUGUUAUACCCUAGGUGUGAAACAGCUCAUCGUCGCUGUUAACAAGAUGGACUCCACUAAGUACAGCGAAAGCCGUUUCAAUGAAAUUGUGAAUGAAGUCUCUGAUUACCUCAAGACAGUCGGCUACAACCCAAAGGCCGUCGCAUUCGUGCCGAUAUCUGGAUGGCUUGGUGAUAACUUGCUUGAAAAAUCGGUAAAUAUGAAUUAG